AUGGAUUGCGGUGCUCCCAAGGAAAUGAAUAAACCACCAGCCAGCAGCCUGGAGGCGGCAGCGGCGCUGGGCCACCACGAGGGUUCAUGCGCGCCCAGGACCAGCCCGGAGCAGGACCUUCCUGCAGCCUCAGCCACGCCGCCCAGUGUGCCCAGAUCGGCUUCCACCGGCGCCCAAACUUUCCAGUUCCUCGAUGCAGGAGCCUGCGAGGCCGAACGCCAGGGGCUGGGGGCUUGCAAACUCAGUAGCCAAAAGCCGAGGCCGCCAGCCCCGUCCGCGGUUUUGCGGGAUUUGAGCGAGGCUCAUGGCGCGCAGGCUACCCCUGCUGCGGGCGCAGGGCCCGGGAAUGCGAUGCCUUGUAAGAUCCAGGCCCUCCGGGGCCCCGAGGAGGAUGCGGACGUGAGUGUGGGCAAAGGCACCCUGGAGCGGAACAACACCCCGGCCGUGGGCUGGGUGAAUAUGAGCCAGAGCACCGUGGUGCUGGGCACGGAUGGAAUCACGUCUGUGCUGCCUGGCAGCGUGGCGACCACUGCCGCCCAGGAGGACGAGCAAGGGGAUGAGAAUAAGGCCCGAGGGAACUGGUCCAGCAAACUGGACUUCAUCCUGUCCAUGGUGGGGUAUGCAGUGGGGCUGGGCAAUGUCUGGAGGUUUCCCUACCUGGCCUUCCAGAACGGGGGAGGUGCUUUCCUCAUCCCCUACCUGAUGAUGCUGGCUCUGGCUGGGUUACCCAUCUUCUUCUUAGAAGUGUCGCUGGGUCAGUUUGCCAGCCAGGGGCCAGUGUCUGUGUGGAAGGCCAUCCCAGCCCUGCAAGGCUGUGGCAUUGCAAUGCUGAUCAUCUCCGUCCUAAUAGCCAUAUACUACAACGUGAUUAUUUGCUACACACUUUUCUACCUGUUUGCCUCCUUUGUGGCUGUGCUGCCCUGGGGUUCCUGCAACAACCCUUGGAACACGCCAGAAUGCAAAGAUAAAACCAGACUUUUAUUAGAUUCCUGCGUCAUCGCUGAGCAUCCCAAAAUCCAGAUCAAGAACUCGACCUUCUGCAUGACCGCCUAUCCCAACUUGACCAUGGUUAAUUUCACCAGCCAGGCCAAUAAGACGUUUGUCAGUGGCAGCGAAGAGUACUUCAAGUACUUUGUGCUGAAGAUUUCUGCGGGGAUCGAAUAUCCUGGGGAGAUCAGGUGGCCACUAGCCUUCUGCCUAUUCCUGGCUUGGGUCAUUGUGUAUGCGUCUCUGGCAAAAGGAAUCAAGUCUUCAGGAAAAGUGGUUUACUUCACGGCCACGUUCCCAUACGUUGUGCUCGUGAUCCUGCUCAUCCGAGGGGUCACCCUGCCUGGAGCUGGCGAUGGGAUCUGGUACUUCAUCACACCUAAGUGGGAGAAGCUCACGGAUGCCACGGUGUGGAAAGAUGCUGCCACUCAGAUUUUCUUCUCUUUGUCUGCUGCCUGGGGAGGCCUGAUCACGCUCUCUUCUUACAACAAAUUCCACAACAACUGCUACAGGGACACUCUCAUUGUCACCUGCACCAACAGUGCCACGAGCAUCUUUGCCGGCUUCGUCAUCUUCUCAGUCAUUGGCUUCAUGGCUAAUGAGCGCAAGGUCAACAUUGAGAACGUGGCGGACCAAGGGCCAGGCAUUGCAUUUGUGGUUUACCCGGAAGCCUUAACCAGGCUGCCCCUCUCUCCGUUCUGGGCCAUCAUCUUUUUCCUGAUGCUCCUCACUCUUGGACUUGACACCAUGUUUGCCACCAUCGAGACCAUAGUGACCUCCAUCUCAGACGAGUUCCCCAAGUACCUGCGCACCCACAAGCCGGUCUUCACUCUGGGCUGCUGCAUUUGCUUCUUCAUCAUGGGCUUUCCGAUGAUCACUCAGGGUGGGAUUUACAUGUUUCAGCUGGUGGACACAUACGCUGCCUCCUAUGCCCUCGUCAUCAUUGCCAUUUUUGAGCUCGUGGGGAUCUCCUAUGUGUACGGCUUGCAGAGAUUCUGCGAAGACAUAGAGAUGAUGAUCGGAUUCCAGCCAAACAUUUUCUGGAAAGUCUGCUGGGCGUUUGUGACUCCAACCAUCUUAACCUUUAUCCUCUGCUUCAGCUUUUACCAGUGGGAGCCCAUGACCUACGGUUCUUAUCGCUACCCUAACUGGUCCAUGGUGCUCGGAUGGCUGAUGCUAGCCUGUUCUGUUAUCUGGAUCCCCAUUAUGUUUGUGAUAAAAAUGCACCUGGCUCCUGGCCGGUUUAUUGAGAGGCUAAAGCUGGUGUGUUCGCCGCAGCCGGACUGGGGCCCAUUCUUAGCUAAGCACCGUGGAGAGCGUUACAAGAACAUGAUCGACCCCUUGGGAACCUCCUCCCUGGGAUUCAAAAUGCCUGUGAAGGACUUGGAACUGGGUACCCAGUGCUAG